UAGCCUAAAAGACAGCUGAAUACGAAAUCAAUAAUGACAUUUUUGACAACGAAGGUGUGAGCUACAUCGUUAUUCGCAUUGUACAAGCAAAAAUGCCUAUGUGUGAAGAUGGUGAAGUAGAAAAUGUGCGAGUGGUUGUGCGUGUGCGACCACUCAGUGAAAAGGAAGUUGAAGCAGGCUACCGACAGAUCACCAAGGUUGAUACUGUCAACAAGACCAUCUCUGUGGAGAAUCCACAGGCAGCAGAAGGAGAACCACCAAAGACUUUCACAUUUGAUAUUGUUUUUGACACAGAUUCAAGACAGAUGGAUGUGUAUAAUGAGACUGCAAGACCAAUUGUGGACAAAGUGUUGAUGGGGUACAACGGUACAAUCCUGGCCUACGGGCAGACAGGCACAGGGAAGACAUUCACUAUGCAGGGAGACUGCACAGCCCCAGAACUGAAGGGAAUCAUUCCAAAUUCAUUUGCGCACAUAUUUGGUUCUAUAGCUAAAGCAGCAGAACGUAAGAAGUUUUUGGUCCGUGUGGCACACAUUGAGAUAUAUAAUGAAGAAAUUCGGGACCUGCUGGGGAAGGACCAGACUGCUCAUCUCGAGGUAAAGGAGCGGCCUGAUAUUGGGGUGUACAUACGAGAUUUGUCAGGAUAUGUGGUGAACAAUGCUGAUGACAUGGAGCGAAUCAUGACUCUUGGAAACAAGAACAGGGUGGUGGGAGCUACUGCCAUGAAUACUCAGAGUUCCCGUUCUCACGCUAUCUUCACUAUUACAAUUGAGAAUGGAGACAUGGGGGAAGAUGGCAAACAGCACAUCAAGAUGGGAAAGCUCCACCUUGUUGAUCUGGCUGGUUCUGAGCGGCAGAGUAAGACAGGUGCCACAGGAAUACGUCUGAAGGAAGCGACCAAGAUCAAUCUCUCCCUUUCCACACUUGGCAAUGUCAUAUCUGCACUGGUUGAUGGGAAGAGCACGCACAUCCCAUACCGCAACUCAAAGCUGACACGACUGUUGCAGGACUCACUUGGGGGAAAUUCCAAGACUGUUAUGUGUGCCAACAUAGGACCAGCAGAUUACAACUAUGAUGAAACCAUCAGUACAUUACGCUAUGCAAACCGAGCCAAGAACAUUAAGAAUCGUGCUCGUGUGAAUGAGGAUCCAAAGGAUGCUCUGUUACGACAAUUCCAGUCAGAGAUCGAGGAGCUGCGGAAGCAGCUAGAAGAUGUUGGUGUACCCCACAAUGGAAUUGCAAUGGAGGGUGAAAGUGACUCAAGCGAGGGCAGUAAGGAUGGGGAGAGGACCCCUAAGGAGCACAGGGACAAAGACUACAACAACCAGAUUCAAACGAUGGACCACUUGGAUGACCUUGAAUUGCAACUGGAGGAGUUUGAGACAGCUCCAAAGAAUGAGCGUGAAAGUGAAGGUGAUGAUGAUGAAGAAGAAGAAGAAGGUGGGAAAGAAGGAAAGGACAACAGUGAUGAAGAGAAACACCAAGUAGAAUUGAAGAAAACACAAAAUGAGCAUGACAUUCUCAGGGAGAAGCUACAGAAUUUGGAGAAGAAGAUUCUGGUGGGAGGAGAGAAUCUGCUGGAGAAAGCUGAAGUGCAGGAACAGCUGUUGGAGGCAUCUGCCCGUGAACUGGAGCAGCGCCGCCGCAAGGAGGAGCAACUGCGACAAGCGUUGCAGCAGAAAGAGGCAGAGCUGAUUGACAUCGAGGAGCGAUACUCUACACUCCAAGAGGAGGCAGCUGGCAAGACAAAGAAGCUGAAGAAAGUGUUUGGCAUGCUGAUGUCUGCAAAGGCAGAGCUAAGUGACCUGCAAUAUGAGCAGCAGCGUGAGAUGGAGGGACUUCUGGACAGCAUCCGCAGUCUCACGCGUGAGCUGAAGCUCCAAGAGACAAUUAUUGAUGCCUUUAUUCCUCACCAGUAUCAGGAAAUGCUGGAGAGAUAUGUGCACUGGAAUGAGGACAUUGGUGAGUGGCAGCUGAAAUGUGUUGCCUACACUGGCAACAACAUGCGCAAGACACUGCCUGCACACUCCUCUGGUCAGGGAAGGGAGCAAUACCAACAACCAGAUCUGUCAAAUGUGUACCUCUCCUACUCGUCGGAUCGUGUUACCAACUCAAUGCGACCAACACGGGCCAGCACCGCAAGAGGCAGGUCAGCUCAACCACAUCGAUCUGCUGCACCCAGACCUGCAUCAUACCGCAAGCCAAGUGACAUGUCUUAGGUAUGGUGCACAGAUACAAUAAUGUCUAGUCCACUCGGACCAAUGUAGUCCCAGGCAAUUGUUAUAGAUCUCAGUAGGAUUUUUGUCAUUUAUUUGAACUAUUUGCAUAUUGCUGUAUUGUACCACUUACGGCAGCUGUUAUUAUUUCUUUGAAUCAAUGUCACAUCAGUGAAGCUCUUUUGGUACAAUUUUCAAAGGAGCUGGAACAAAUGUGAGCCCUUCUGUUGCACACUGGGCUGUGUGUAUGCCAAUCCUUGACUGACAGACAAUUGCAACAUUGAUAUACAAUCAGUUUUUGAAUCAAAAUAAAUAAAAUCUAGUCAAAACAACAUUGUAGCAAAUGACUGUAUCAUUGAGAUGUGAGUAGCAUUCAGGAAACAACUGUGCAUUCUUAGCAUAAGAUCAUGCCAAGGUCAUCAGGUGGCUAACUGAACUUUCUGAGUAAACUUUUCUUCUAAAAAGAAAGGUAGAGUGAGAAGUCACCAGAUAUUGGUGCAUAUGAAGGCACUGUAUAAAAUGUCUGAAUCUCUCUAGUUGAUCACCUGCAUGGUUAUGUCAGUGAAUAAUGCCCUGCUUGUUGGGCUCUCUGGGAUGAAGUGCCCUGGGAACCCAUUCAGAAGUUACUUUCUAUCAGCUGUUGUAAAAUUUGGAUACAGGAUAAAAUCAUGAGCAUUUUCAUGGUGAAAUUAAAACUUUAUAUUGAGAUAAUAAACAUGCAUAGGGAUAAUGAAAUACAUCCAUCUGCUGACAAAGAUUAUCAUUGUUUUAUAUUGUUUUUGUCCCCUGCAGUAUGGUACUUGUGUGAACUUAUGCCCCACAUUUUCCUUCCCUAACCUUGUUAAAUCAUUCACUUAAUAGGUUGGUGUAAAAGUACAUGCUGUGGACUUGUAUUUGGAUGAUGAUCAGUUCAAGUUUCAGCUGGGGCACCUGCUAUCCUAACUGUAGUUCCCUUAUUUUCCUCAGUCCCUCCAGACAUAUGCUGGGACAGUAUCUUGAUUAGGCCAUGACAGGAUCCUCAUUGUUCAUUUGUUAUCCUGUCUUUCAGAGCUGUCUAGUCAAGCAGCUGAUAGCAUGAUAAAGAAAUCCGCAAAAAGAAAUACUGAAUGAGUCAUGCUCACGGAAUAUUGUCAGUGUUUCACUGUGUGUGACUUAAAAUGCUGUCAUGGUGCUGCCGUAUCUAUAAUCAUUUUAUGCUUCAGUAAUCAGAUGGUUAUUGUAAACAAACUUGUUAUGACAACUAAAGAUAUCAUAAUCCACUUAACUUUAUUAUCAGUGAUCACAUAGUGAAAUGUCAAAACAAAGGUUUUACAUUCUAUCACAUGGUGCUAUCCUCUUAUUCUGAUGGCCUGAAUCAUAGGCAUCCUUGAGUUUCUAGGGACAGAUAUUCUCCCUGGCAAUGAAUUAGUAAGUUGUGGACCAAACCGCCCUACCACUGCAUUGACUUUGAUAUAUUCUGAAUCCCCUUCUAGUUAGCCCCCUAACAAUACCACACUUCAGAGUGUAGUUGUCCCUGUGCUUAACUAAUUAAGCACUACACCAUGAAGGCAUAUGGGGGAGUGGAUGUAUAGAGCUACAUUUUGACCUCAGCACUAGCUGCAGAUGAGUGGUAACCUUCAUGCCCCCAAACUGAGUCUAGUACUUAAUGGGACAUAUAAUUGGUCACCUGCUGCCAUAAAAUGAGUCCAAGGUGACAAAAUUGCAUGUAAGCUAAAGCCCUAAAGUCACAUAGGCUGUGCUGGGCUCUCUCUGGUACCUGUCGUAAGUGGGUUUAUUGAUUAGUCUGAAUUUGAAAAGGUGUUCUUUUAGGUGAUACUGCCCUGUAAGUAGUCCUGUCACCAGUUUCAGCGGGUUCCUCUUUAAUUAAUUCUAAUAGUCCUUUUUGUGGGGGAGGGGGGUUAAGGCCUGUUGUGAACUCCCACUGUUUUCUGUCAUCCAGUCCAUGACAGCCUUCUUGGCCACCCCUGCCAAGAUGUGGCAUACUGCUUCAGAUCAUACAAAUGGACGUUCAAAUCCCAUUAUUGCCAACUGAUAAACAAUUUCAUUGCUUUCAAUUCCCCUUUGAUCAGCACCCAUAGCAACCGAACUCAGAAGUGGCGGUUUAUCGAUAUAUUUAAUAACCAGCUCCAUAGGUUGUAUAACGUCAAAUAAAAUUGAAUUGUAAAGCGGCUCCUCCAGUUCAGUCUCAGGUGAUUUCACGUGAGAUUCAUAGUGAACAAAGUGGCACUGGAGUUAUGUUUUCCUUUGAUUUUCUUUACUCCGCCAUUGCUUCAUACUCAUGUCACUACUUCCUCAAGUGUGUGACAUCCCUGACCAGGCAGCACAUCCUUAUUCUUUAUAAUGGGGGCUUCUUCAACUUAGCCAUUUGGCUGGUGACGGUAAGGAAAAAGUGAACAUUAUAAAACCUUCAGAAAGGUAAUAUAAAAUUUAAUUCAGUUUACCUGUUUUAAUUAUGACAAAUCUGUAUCAUGAUUAAACUGUGUACUGUCACUGGUUAUGUAAGCCAUUUAUGUUGUAAUUAGUUUGUGUAUAUGCAUUUUUUGUUAUGUAAUUUUUGAACUUAUAAAAUUUAUGUGUAUGACAUUACCCAUAAAGUGAAGUCUACUCAUCAGCUUAAGUUUGUUGCCACCAGAGUUACAGCUGCAGGACAUAGAGAGUUGCAUUGUGGCCUAAGACAGAUGAAGUAUGUGGACAUUACAAGAUAAUAGACAGCAAGGAGCAUGAUAUAUGCAGCGCACCUAAAAUUGCUAGGGUAGUAAUAUCAAGGAGGCUGUAAUGGGCUAGACAUGUAACCUGGAGGAGGAGACAUGUAAUGCAUGAAGAAUUUUGGUUGGUAACACACUUGGAAGGAGGAGGUGUAGUUGGUAAAAAUGUCAUGACAUAUGAAGCCUGAAAGGUGGCAGGGAGUUAUAUAUGUGGGGGUGAAUGUAAUGUCACAAUAAACACAAGAUCUGAACUAAUAAGAGAUGAAUGAAAAUAUAAUUUUCAGUAUUUGUGCUUUCGAUUGCUUUUAACGUUUCAUAAUACAAAGCCAUGUACCAAUAGAUUUGCAGUUUUCACAGAAGUGAAUAUUAUGACUGUGGUCUUCUGAGAUGUGAUGCUAUAUAGUCUAGUGGAUGAGUCAGAGGAACCUGGCUUCCUCCAGCUCCAUGGUAAGAGAUAUUCUGGAGAUGAAGGCAGCAGUUUACUUCAUAAUGUUGGUAACCAUGCACUGAACUAUGUGGUGUCACAUCCCAGAAGACCAGAGUCUUGGAGCUAUGUAAUAUUUAGAAAUUUGGGUUUCCACUUCUUGUGAAAUCUCCAGUUUUAAACUCAAAGAGGAAAACCCUGUUACUUAUUCUGGGAACCAAAUGAAAUCCAUUCUGUGGACAGAAUACCAAGUUCCUGACCAUGAAGGCAUCAUGAUUAAAGAAACUGCAAAAGUUUGCAAUUGUCUCUGAUAAUGAUAGAGGUUAUGGGUAAUUAGGCUACCAUGACUUAAUACACAUAUUCACACUUUUAUGGCUGUAUUUUGUAGUGUGGGAUGCAAAUGACAAAAGUUUUGUAAGAGCCAUUUUACAGUCAGUGACUCAUGCUGAUCAUCAGCAAAAGCAAUCAUCCUCAUGGGUAAUAAAACUGUAAUUGGUGGUGUUUGGGAUAAUA